AUGAAUGCAAAGUCAAAGGCAGAUGCUGCCAAGACCAGUGCUGCUAAAACACCUACCCGUCGCCCAAUUCCAAAGUGGCUCUCAUAUCUAUGGGAUGCCAAUAUCUCGCCAUUUAGUGUAGUUAGAUGGUCUGGUCCGCUAGGCCCCCGUUUCGCUUCCGGUUGGACAUCAAGACGAUUCUCGCAUCUACCUCCUCAGGAAUCUCAAGCCCUUCACGAUUACGCCUAUUCCUUGUUCCGUCAAAGAGGAAGCGGAGAGUACGCAUUAGCUUACAUCCUUGCCCCCGGUGCAUUUGCACGCAGUCCACUGAUUCGCCGGAUCCAUGGCGUGGGGAGACAGCCACUUCCAUCUCCAGCACAGUCAAAUGCUACCACGAGCUCCACCUCGGUAGCUUCUGGUCUCAAGACCCUCGCUAAAGAGACGGGUAUUCCUGUCGUCUUGAUGUAUGGUGAGAAUGACUGGAUGGAUAUCGCAGGUGGCUAUGCUGCCGAACAAAAGCUCAAGGAGGAGAAAGCUAAGGCCUUGAAGGAUGCUACGGCUGAGGAGAAGAAGAAUGAGAAUGGGAGUGCGAAAGUGGUAAUCAUCCAAAAAGCAGGUCAUCACUUGUAUUUGGAUGGGUGGGAGCAGUUUAAUGAGGUUAUGAGGGAAGAGAUGGAAGAGACAAAGAGACAUACCAAGAAGUUUCGGGGGAGUGAAUAA